AGUGAUGACAGGAGUGUCCUGCCUGCCCGCUUUGGAUUCUUGCCGGGGAAUCCAACCACCGCCGGAGAGGUCGUCAGCAGUCGUGUCUUCUCCGCCAGACUUCCAGUGGUUUGCCGGCAGAUUCACGAUAAGCAACCGUUCGGAAUGUUCAGAGGCGAAAAUGGUAUGAACUACACAUUUUCAACAUUUUUGCUUGAAGCAAUACUCAUCAUUUUCUUCAUCAAAGCCGUUUACUUCAUCCUUCGACCUCUUCGUCAACCUCGUAUAGUCUGCGAGAUCAUCGGUGGGAUGGUGAUAGGACCGUCCAUGUUAGGACGAAGCCGAAACUUCAAUUACUAUCUUUUCCCACCGAUUGCGAAUUACAUAAUCGCAAACUUGGGACUGUUGGGGUUCUUUUACUUCCUUUUCCUCACAGCUGCAAAGACGGACGUUGGGGAAAUCUUUAAAGCACCAAGAAAGCACAAGUACAUUGCUGCCAUCAGUGUUUUGGUGCCGAUUGCUUGCGUGGGAGGCACGGGUGCUGCCCUAAAAGACACAAUGGAUGAAAGAUUGUUUGCUUUGGUGGGACAAAAAACCAAUGUCUACUUACUUACCGACGAGACUUGGCCCAAACAGGUCUCUCCUCUCGUCUACAUGAGCAUCGUCGGAUUCGUUACCAAGUUCAUCUCCUCCACUGCCGCUGCUCUCUUCUUUAAAGUCCCCACCAGGGACAGUCUCACGCUUGGCUUAAUGAUGAACUUGAGAGGUCAGAUCGAAAUUUUGCUCUACUUGCAUUGGAUAGACAAACGUAUGGUAGGGUUACCGGGUUAUACUGUCAUGGUUUUGUAUGCAAUUGUUGUCACGGGUGUAACAGCGCCAAUCAUCAGCUUCCUAUACGAUCCCACUCGGCCUUAUAGAAGUAGCAAACACCGCACAAUUCAGCACACUCCUCAGCACACCGAGAUGGGACUGGUACUUGCAGUCUCCGACCACGAAACCUUCUCUGGCUUGGUCACCUUUCUCGACUUCGCCUAUCCCACUAAAACUAGUCCCUUGUCUAUAUUCGCAAUUCAGCUGAUGGAACUGGCGGGGCGUGCACAGCCGUUGUUUUUUGAAAACGAGAAGCGAAGGAAGGAGGAGGAGGAGGAAGAAUACGAGAUGGAAGAGGAAGAGUCUGCGCGUACGAGGAGCAAGCGAAUAGACCAAGUGCAGAGCGCCUUUAAGCUCUACCAAAAGAAAAGAAACGAGUGUGUGACGUUGCGUGACUACACCGCCUAUGCUCCAAAGCGUCACAUGUAUCAAGAUAUUUGCGAGCUUGCCUUGAACAAGAAAACAGCUUUUAUUCUCUUACCUUAUCAGAAAGAGCGUCUUCAAGACGCAGCCCUUACCGAGCUACGUGACUCCGGCAUGCUAACUGUAAACGCAGACGUCUUGGCACACACACCCUGCUCCGUCUGUAUCUAUUACGAGAAGGGAAGACUUAAAAACGCUGUGGCUCGGUCAUCCAUGGACCUACAACAUAGGAGGCAAGAACCAUACCGUUUCGUGGUUCUGUUUUUAGGAGGAGCUGAUAACAGAGAAGCUCUGCAUCUGGCAGAUAGGAUGACGGAGAACCCGGACAUAACCAUGACUGUGGUUAGGUUCUUGGCGUACAACCACGAAGGAGAGGACGAGAGGGAGAAGAAGCUAGACGAUGGGGUGGUGACGUGGUUCUGGGUCAAGAACGAGAGCAACGACAGGGUUAGUUACAAGGAGGUUGUUGUCAAGAACGGUGCUGAGACGUUGGCUGCGAUUCAAGCAAUGAACGUCAAUGACUACGAUCUGUGGAUAACCGGGAGGAGAGAAGGGAUCAAUCCAAAGAUUCUGGAAGGGCUUUCUACGUGGAGCGAGGACCACCAGCUUGGAGUAAUCGGAGACACCGUGGCUGGGAGUGUUUUUGCCUCGGAGGGUUCGGUCUUGGUAGUGCAGCAACAAGUGAGGAACCAGAAGGGUGGUGAUGGUUUCUUGAACGGCAAGUUUGAUUACAAGAGUUUAGUGUCCCCUUGGUCUCACUUUCACAAUUGA